AUGUCGGAUCAUAAUCUAGUUGAUGAUCCACUUGUUUCGUUUGAUCAACCAUCACCAACGAAAUCCAAAACGAAUGAAUCUUAUGAGAAUCGCUUGUUAGAUGAUAUUGAUCCAUUCGGCAAUCAUAAUGGAACAAACGGAAAUAGUACCAAUGAUUCCAAUCAAUUUUCCAUAACAAAUGAUCUUUUCCCAACAGAUCCCGAUCAGGAUGAGAAAGCGAAUCAUCACGAAUAUUCCACGCAGAAAAAUGAAGAAUCAAAAGAUUCACCUUGGAAUUCUCAGACGUAUAUGAAUGGUAGUGCAGCAAAUCAAAAUACACUUUUACUUGAAUUCGAUCCUGAAGCACCUAAUCCAGCAGCCGAAAAUUCUACUAAUCAAAACUCGCUAUUUUCUAAUGACCAACCAACGAAUGCGGCAACUCAGCAAAAUAACCAAACCGAAAGUCUUCUUGAUUUCGAAGGUUCAUCUGAUAAUACCAAUGAGUUCCAGCAACAAUCACAUUUAACUAGCUUCUCCAAUCCAGCACCUAAUCUUGAGUCAGCAGAUACCGAUCAGAACGUGCCUUUAACCCCUCAAUCCGCUGAACAAGAACAAGAACUAUUGCAUCAAGCAUUUGAUGAAGUCAAUCAUGCUGCUCAAGAAUUGGUGGCCAAAGUUGACUUAGUUACAACACCAACUCCACCCCCAACAUCCGACUCGCAACCACCACCAUCAUUUGAUACAGAACAAAAAGCUGAUGUUCCAAUUGUACCAAAAUCAGCUGCUGCUACUGCUACCGCUACUGCAACUACUCCAAAAGCAGACUCAGCAUCAUCAAUAAAGAAGCCUGCUGCCAGUGCUACACGACCGACGAGUGCUACCAAACCGAAGCCAUCAUCAACAGCUGUUGCGGCAUCUAAAAGCACAGAACAUAAACCAGCUGCUGCAACUUCAACUACUAAAAGUACAGAGCAUAAACCAACGGCUUCGACAACAAAAACUACUGAAUCAAAACCAGCAGCAACUGCGUCAGCGACAGGUCGUAAAACAAUCCACUCUGCACCAGCAACUGGCUCUGCGUCGACAGCUACCAGUAAACCAAAAGCAACACCUACUUCACCUUCUGCGGGACCUUCGACAACUCCAAAACCAGCGCGUGAUGUUCCAUCUAAAUCUUCUUCAACUGCAGCAACAGCAGCAGCAGCAGCAGCAACAACAGGAGUAACAGGAACCGCAUCUUCAACAGCAACUAAGCCCAAGCCUACUGCUAGUUCUACGACGGCAACAAGUACAUCUCGAUCAACAAUUAAACCAGUAACAAAACCAACUCGCCCAUCGACAGCUCCCAAAACUUCCGCUUCAACAGCAUCAGCAUCUACUGAUCAAGAAACAACCAUACUUUCCACAGCACCAGAGGCUAGUUCUUCGUCUGCAUCUACGACAGCGAAACCUAAUAUACGAGCACCAUUGCACUCUACUAAACAACCAACAAAAACAACUACAACCACAAGUACUGCUGGUGCCACAGGUACAUCGCGCACAGCUGCAUCGACGACUAAAUCAACAGCUGUCAAAGAACGACCGACGUCACAUAGCCGUGCAACAACAAGACCAGCAACAGCCACUAGUGCAUCGGCUACAACAGCUCCUAAACGGGCGAAUAGUGCUAGUCGUCCAGCAACAGCUGAUACUGCGUCACGUCCAGCACGAUCAGUUGCGGCCGACGGUGCUUCAGGAACAACGGCUGCACGACCACAAUGGAAUUCCACUACUUCUAAAGUAGGCUCUCUUCAAAAUGCAAGUCACAAAGCUGGUGGCGGUACUGUGAAGAUUCCAAAUCAAAAACUUCAUUGGAAUGCUAAAUCAAAAGUUGGCUCGCUCGACAAUGCUAGUCACAAAGCAGGCGGUGGCACGGUCAAAAUUGAAAGUAAAAAGCUCGAUUUCAAAGAGAAAGCCAAAGCCAAAACCGACAGUGGUCAUCACGAAACGAUGACAUCUGGUAAUAGUGAUGGAGCAAGUGCUAGUACAACAGUUAACGAUGAACAACAGAAAGAAACUCAACCAUCAGACGAACAACAAACUCAUGAUGACGGAAUCAAUUAUGAAUUGAAGUUCAUUCCACAUGAACGACCGAAUACUCCAGGAAGAGACGAUAUUGAUGUCGCCGCAAAAAAAAAACCUCGAAGAAAACGUACCUUUGUACGCGGAAAACGAUGCGUAGUCCAACAAGUGCGUGGACACGGACGACUGGAAGAUCCACCAGCUCGAAAUGCUGCAUGGCGUUACGGUUUCAAUGUUCCGGUUAAUUACGAUGAUGUGGGAUUGAAUUGUGGCGGAUUAAGUAUUCAAAAAGCAAAUGAUGGUAGAUGUGGCAUCUGUGGUGAUUCAUAUUCAGGUCCACGAGAUCAUGAAAUAGGUGGGAAAUAUGCGACGAAUACUAUCGUUCGAAACUAUAUAUCAGGUUCUCAAGUCGAUGUGAAAAUUUUACUAACGGCAAAUCAUGUCGGAUUUAUGGAACUUCGUUUAUGUCCAUUGGACGAUCCCAAUAGGGAAGUGACCCAAGAAUGUCUCGAUGAGAAUUUGCUCUUUAUUGAAAACUUCGGCACGCACUAUCCAGUUAACGAAGGCACGGAUACGAUUCUAUUAAAAGUUCAUCUACCUGCUGGUCUGUCAUGUUCUCACUGUGUAUUACAAUGGCGCUAUCAUGCCGGAAAUAAUUGGGGUACAGACGGUACGACAGGACGAUCAUGUCUUGGUUGUGGUUAUCAAGAAGAGUUUUAUAAUUGUGCUGAUAUUAGUAUUGCUCCUGUAGAUGGUGAUUUCUUAGCAGGCUUAUCGACGAGUUCAUCAACAGAGCAAUCAAUCUUCGUUGCUCCAUUUGUGGAUCCGAUAUUAAUCCCACCUGAAGUCGAACAAGCAUCGAUUCUUUCAAAUGAAUUCUUUAUUACCACCACCACCACCGUCACAACAACAACAACAACAACAGCAGCAGUAGUUGAACCAUCAAUGAACUUUCUCUUCCCGUACCAACCAUCCGAAGAUUUAAUCACUCAAACAACUAAAAGCAACAAAACUCUCCGUUGUUUUCCGACUCAUGAAGUUCUCAAACCGUUAGUCGGAAUCGAACAUUGGUGUCUCCAGCUAUGUGUUGUCCAUUGUCCACCAACAUUAUGUGCAUGCGUUGAACUUUAG